AUGAAUGGCCACGCUUCCCUCCCUUCACGUCUCUAUCAAGCCGAGUCAGUCCGGCUCGACGACUUCAAACAGAUCUGCUCGCGCUCCAUUGAUAAAUCCACCUACCCACUGGCCUGUGCCGUGGAGCGCAAUGUCCCCAUCUAUGACCUCGCCGCCCUCGAGGCGCAGCCAGUGACAGCCGAGACCCUCUCGCUCCUGCAAGAUGAAUGGCAUCACAUCCUGCACAGCGGACCCGGCAUAUUUGUCCUACAAGGGAUGUAUGCACCCACCCGGUACAGCAACAUCCUCUCCGCCACCAACGUAGCCUUCGACCGAAUCAUCGCUAAAGAGCGUGCCUCCAACGUAUCAAAAGGCGACCACUUCGCCGCGGGCGACACCAACGACCGGAUCUGGAACGCUUUCCAGAAACACGGCGAAGAAGAUCCCGCCUCCUUCCUUGCCUACUACUCCAACCCAUGGCUAGCUACCGUCUGCGACGCCUGGCUCGGCCCAGGCUACCGCGUCACUGCACAGGUUAAUGCAGUUCAUCCAGGCGGUGCAGCCCAACAGGCCCACCGCGACUACCAUCUCGGCUUCAUGGAAACGGACACCUGCGUGCGCUACCCGGCUCCAGCGCAAUUGACCUCCCAGUUCCUGACGCUGCAGGGCGCCGUCGCGCAUACCGACAUGCCUGCUGAUAGUGGUCCCACCCGUUUCUUACCAUUCAGCCAGACCUACGCACCAGGAUAUCUCGCCUGGCGAAGACCCGAGUUCCGCGCCUUCUUCCAAGAGAACUAUGUCGCGCUCCCACUCAACCUAGGAGACGGCGUCUUCUUCAACCCAGCCCUCUUCCACGCCGCAGGUGCAAACACAAUGUCCCCAUCGAACGGCUUCCGCCGCGUCGCAAACCUCCUGCAAAUAAGCAGUGCAUUCGGCAAACCCAUGGAAACAGUCGACUCUCUCCCUUUAGUAAAUGGGACCUGGGAUCUAUUAUCUAAGCGCUACGCAGAUGCGGGGACACUCGCAGACGCGGAUUUGGAUCCGGGCCGAUACUCGCUUGCGCAGCGCGAGAUCAAGGCGUUCGUGCAGGCUGUUGCGGAGGGGUAUCCUUUCCCCACAAAUCUAGACCGAAGACCGCCUGCGCCGAGUGGGAUGGCGCCGGAGAGUGAGCAGGAUCUUCUGGUGCGGGGUUUGGAGACGGGUUGGAGCCGUGCGCAGGUCGUUGCCACUCUCGAGGAGAUGCGGAAGGAUGCGAGGGCUUAA